AGGAAUGGGGCAAGUGACGUUGAGAGGAAGUAGUAGUGAAAGAAAGGAGAGUGAGAAUGCUGGUUGUAAGGGAGGCAAUGAUUCAGACACAACCACCACAUCUCACACCCUACUACUCAUCAUCUUCACUCCACUCCACUACUUAAAUAUCUCACUCAUUCAUUCCACCAAACCAAACCCUUCCACAAUAUAAUAUUCCUUUACACUUCUUUUUCUUAACCCAUUCUCAUACACUGCACAUACAGAGAUGCGAAACAUGGCCAGCUCCGCUUCUUCACGAGGCAUUGCUGCCAUCGUCGGUGUCGGUCCCAACCUCGGCCUCUCCAUCGCUCGCAAGUUCGCUCACGAGGGCUACACCGUCGCCAUCCUCGCUCGUGACCUGGGGCGGUUGUCGAGAUUCGCCGACGAAAUAGCCAGGGAAGAGAAGGCGCAGGUUUUCGCCAUUAGAAUAGACUGUUCCGAUUCCCGAAGCGUGAGAGAGGCAUUCGAGGGAGUGCUGUCUCUGGGAUUCGUCGAAAUUCUCGUUUACAAUGCAUACCAACCCCUAUCUUCUUACCCCACUUCCUUCCAAGACCUUCGCAUCGAUUCCUUCCACAAAUCUCUCGCCGUUUCUUCUGUCGGUGCCUUCCACUGCGCUCAACAGGUGCUGCCCGGAAUGGUUGAAAGAGGAAAGGGAACCCUUCUCUUCACGGGUUGUUCCACUUCUCUCAACGGCAUUGCUGGAUACUCCGAACUAUGCUGUGGGAAAUUCGCUUUGAGAGCACUAUCGCAAUGUUUGGCCAAGGAAUUUCAGCCCCAGGGAGUGCACGUAGCUCAUGUUAUCAUCGACGGCCUCAUUGGCCCACCCAGAGGAGGAACAUUGACGACGUCAUUGCAGAGGGGUAAUUCGUCGGGGGAGCAAAGCAGUGGAGUAGUGGGAGGAGGAGGUGAGAGUACAAUGGACCCGGACGCACUGGCUCAAACCUUCUGGCACUUGCACGUCCAGGACCGGAACGCAUGGACCCAGGAGAUGGAUCUUCGUUCCCCUUCUGUCAGAUUCUUCUAGUCUCUCCUAUUAAUUUCAUGUCCCCCUCAAUUAUUUCUUUUGCACUCUCCUCUCCUAUACUAUAGUGUUCAAUGUCAAUCAUUUUUCAUAUAUGAUUUUCCAAUCACCUGUUGGGGGGGCAUCUCGGUGUGUUUGUUUUGCUAGCCAGCUACCUAAAUGAUGUGUACAGAGAUUAUAGGUUGUGUCGUUAAUUUGGGUGAGUUAAGUAAUUACUGUUUUUGUUGUAGAGAUUGAGAAA